GCCACAAAUCUGUCAGUCACACCGCGAACCGUAUAGACACAAACAUGUUUUUGUUUCUAUUGUUACUAGGCUUGGGCCUAAGCGCAUUCCUCGUGUAUUUACGAGGAAAGUACAAUGAAAUGUACUGGACAAAACGCGGAGUGAGAUUCCACGGGAAAAACAAAUUUAUGGGCAUCUUCUGGGACUUCAUCACGCAAAAUCGACCGCUGUUCCAGAUUUGUCACGAUCUUUACCUGCAAUACCCAAAGGAGCGUGUUGUUGCCUUCGGAUCUUUCUUCACGCCGUCGCUGUACAUUAGGGACAAGAACAAUGUACAGUUCAUAAUGCAAUCCACCAGCUUCAUAGACAGGGGAGUCGAUUACAACGAUGGAGACCAGCUCGCUGACAAUGUUCUCUUCAUGAGUGGCAUCAGAUGGAAGCUAAUGAGACAGAAAAUGACGCCACUCUUCACACCAUCUAAGCUCAAGAAUAUGUAUUACAUUAUGGACAAAAGUGCUCGUGACUUCGUCGAGUACUUAGAAAAGUAUCCGGAGAAAAGGAAAGAAAACUCAUUCGACACGUUGACGACCUUCUGCUGUGCUGCUAUAGGUGGAGCUGUUUUCGGAAUAGGAUCAAAGUCAACGUUUGAGUCGCCCUUUUUAGAAUGCACUAGAGGAGCAUUUUAUCCAACCUUCUGGAGUAAUAUUAAGUUUUCACUGGCGAAUCUAUCUCCAGGGCUUUUCAAGUUAUUCAAUCUCAAAUUCUUCGGCGAAUAUGAGAAUUUCUUCAUUAGUGCAAUGAAGCAGGUAUUCAGACAGAGGGAACAGGAGGGCAACAAAAAGCACGACUUUGCUGACAUUUGUCUGAGUAUUCAGAAAAGUGGUGACAUAAAACAUGACGAAUCUGGCUUCAAGAUGGCACCAACCGAUGAGUUGCUGGCAGCACAAGGAUUUUUCUUCUUCACCGCUGGUGUGGAACCCGCGGCAACUGGCGUAUUUGGAGCCCUAAUUGAAAUGGGAAGACAUCCAGAAAUUCAAAAGAAGGUGCAAGAAGAAAUCGAUAGCGUAUUUGAAAAGUAUCAAGAUAAUUUGACAGCCGAUGCCGUAGGAGAAAUGGAGUAUCUUGAGAAAGUGUUGAGUGAAUCUUUACGAGUUCAUCCUCCUAUUGGUUUCCUGACAAGGCGUUGUAUUGAAGAUACAGUUCUUCCAGAAGGGAAUAUCAGAAUUGAGAAGGGAACACGAGUGUACACUCCUAUUUAUGAAUUCCACCAUGAUCCUGAAUACUUUAAGGAUCCUGAAGUUUUCGAUCCAGAGAGGUUUACAAAUGAAGCGAAGCAAGAAAUGGGAGUUACGUAUCAGCCUUUUGGGUAUGGUCAUAGGGCGUGCAUUGGAGCUAGAUAUGCGAAGCUCCAGGUGAAGAGUGGACUUGCACACAUAUUACGGAAUUUCGAUAUCAAGACGAUAAUUCACGAUGGCGGUAUCAAAUACGGAAAAGACCAACUUCAAGUGAGAAUGAAGAACGUUGACGUGGAGUAUAUUCCUCGAAAAGUGAAAUCGUCCUAAGCAGAAGUAAUUUUAAAGAUUUUUUAUCUUAUUGUAUGAAGUGAACUGACUGAAGGUUGAUUAUUUUUACUUGUACAGUCACGGAAUGAAAAGGUUCGUCAGUUUUCAAAUUGAUUCCUUCAACGAAUCGCGAGCACAUAUUACCUUUUGAAACUAUGUUACAGAAUCAUCUCGAGUUAGAGAAAAUAAUCUUUAACUGUUCGUCAGUAAAGUUCAAAAUUAUUCAGAUCAAAGUUUUUUGAUGAUUUAUCUUGUCAAGAUGAUUAUUAUGAUUGAUAAACUAAAACCUUCUUGUUGGUUCAACCUGCCAUUAUUAUUUCUAUUAAAUAAAAAAAACUAUUGUCAAUUGGUCAAUGUCAUCAUUGCAUUGCACUGAUGAUGGGAUAGAAAAAUAAACAAGCAAAACCUUAUUCGUUAGCAAACGUCAUAUUUAUUUAAAUGUUUGCAGCACUGUUUCUUGCACUGUUAUGUUGGCAGGUUUGACUCUUACAGUACGUAGUGCAAGCGAAAACCGACACUAAGGUGACGAACCUUUUCAUUCCGCGACUGUACAUAACUUGGCUUAAGUAUCAAUGUGUAAUUAUUAUAUUAUUCAUUUUGAAAUAUAAUACUUACUCAUAGAA